AUGAUGUCGCAGCCCGCGAUCGUGCUCACGACCGGGCGGACGUACGAGCGCGCCGCGAUCGAGCGGUGGAUCAGGUCGAACCCGACGGACCCGCUCGAUAGGGAGAGCAGGGUGGAGCUCGCGCACGUCGCGCCGAACGUCGCGAUACGAGACGCGGCGUUCGCGUGGGCGCGCGAGCGAAACGGCGGCGUCAUGCCGAGUCAGCGGCGUCGUCGGCGACGCGCGUACCGAGCGAUGACGAAGAUGUUUUCGUACCCGUGGAGGGCGGUGACGUACCCGGUCAGGGAGGCGGCGUCGUACGUCGAGUGCAGGAUCGCGUGGUACCUCCUGCGGUGUAUCUGGAGAGACGCGUUCGGGUAG